AUGAGGUCUCUUGUCUUUGUUCUGCUCAUCGGAGCCGCUUUUGCCACGGAGGACGACAAGAUCGUCGGAGGGUAUGAGUGCCAGCCCCACACAGAGCCCCAUCAGGUGUCUCUGAAUGCUGGGUACCACUUCUGCGGUGGCUCCCUGGUCAGUGAAAACUGGGUUGUGUCUGCUGCUCACUGCUACAAAUCUCGUAUUGAAGUGUGUCUUGGAGAGCACCACAUCGGAGUCAAUGAGGGCAAUGAGCAGUUCAUUAGUGCUUCCCUUAUCAUCCGACACCCUCACUUCAACCGCUACAGUCUUGAGAAUGACGUCAUGCUGCUCAAGCUGAGUGAGCCUGCCAUUCUCAACCAGUAUGUGCAGCCCGUGGCUCUUCCUACCAGCUGUGCCCCCGCCGGCACCAUGUGCAAAGUCACUGGCUGGGGCAACACCAUGAGCUCCGCUUCUGACAGCAACAGGCUGCAGUGCCUGGAGAUCCCUAUCCUGUCUGAUGAGGACUGUCACAACUCCUACCCUGGUGGUAUGAUUGACAACACCAUGUUCUGCGCUGGAUACCUGGAGGGAGGCAAGGACUCCUGUCAGGGUGACUCCGGUGGUCCUGUUGUGUGCAACGGUGAGCUGCAGGGCGUUGUGUCUUGGGGCUAUGGAUGUGCUGAGAAGAACCACCCUGGUGUCUACGCCAAGGUCUGUGUGCAGACUGACUGGCUGCACAGCACGAUGGCCAGCAAUUAGCUAGACCAUUCAACCUCCA